CUAUAAAAGCAGAGUGGCUCUGUGAGGAGCAGUCAUUCAGCUUUGUGAGAGAAAAGCUACCUGCCUGCUGUUUUCUCCCUGUCAGACUCUGAAGCUAAACCACUGCAGCAUCAUGAAUCUGGGGCUCAGCGCUCUUUUCCUGAUCCUUGGCUUGUUUCUGAGCAGCUCUGCUACCAGUGUUGAAGAAUGCAGAGCUCUGAUCACCCCUCUGUCGACUUUUGAACCGCAACUGGGAAGGUGGAACUUCAUUAUGGGCUUCAUUGAUAGUAAUCCACAUAAAGUAUUGUUCAAGACGACUAAGACCCAUUGGACUGAGUACAUCAAAACUGGAUCUGUUUCGCAUCCAGUAUAUAAACAGCUCAUUGGGAUCAAGCAUCCUACAUACUGCAAGUACGGAUCUUUCCCCAUGACUCUUCAUUCCAACACUGCAUUAGUGGACAAGUCCAACUUCACCUGCACACACCACUCUCUGCCAACCUGUCAAAACUGUCUGCUCUACCUUGUUAACGCAAGAAACAACGACAUUACAGUCAACAGUGGAGACAAUCCAGACCCUCAAGCCAUCCCAGAGGUCAAAUACUAUCGUGCUUUCUACUUGAUGGCCAAAGCAAACCACAUCAAUCACUCAGACUAUGUGCAUGCCCUGAAGCAGGCAAAAUGUCUGGGUUUCACAGGAGACCCCGACUUCAUCCUCGACCCCAAAAGUGAGUACUGCGAGAAACGAGAUAACGACAAUGACUAGGCCAUCUUGAGCUGAAGUCAGCCUGAAAUAUUGAAGUACAGCAAUAAACUGACUUUCAAUCUUAAAA